AUGGGUGCAGUUGUGUGUCCCAUGUUCAAGUGCAUGCUCAGUUUGCGGGGUGAAUACACGAUCGAGACAAAGAUGACGUGGAAUGCAAGAGCGAUCGACCUCCGGCACUUGCAAAGGUGGCGGAUGGCAGGAUGGUGGCUGCUCCCGACAGCAAUACGAGUGGUCAGCUCAGGGUAUGGUCAACCCGUGAUCAAGUUUGGAAUCAUGCCCAGGACUGUCUACUAUAUUACACAAGAAAAGCGUAAGCAGGGCACACGAAUCGUGGCUGCCAAUGCUGCAGAUUCUACCUGGGACUAUACUUGGGUAUGCUGCUGUGUAGAAAGGUCCGAAAGGUGUAGGAUGCAUGCCAUUGGAAAGCUGGGCAUGUUACAUGAGCCCGCAUUCAAGCAUGCUUGUGCGACGGGUUAUUGGGGAAGGCAUGGUAAUAGUGAGCCGAUGGUGGCUUGCAACAGCCACGACGAGCUGGUGAAGCAGCGGGACGGGCAGUGCCACGUAGAAUCUACAGCGUUGGCUGGCAAAACCGUAGUUCCCGCUGUACAACUCAUGAAACAGGCAUCACGCCGCAUACAGCGAAGCGCUGCCGUCGCACAUGAUGCUUUUGCAACUUUGUGA